UGGAUAGAUUGGAUGUGAACAUUUUUCAUUACUGAAGAAAGUAAGAUGGCAAAUUUGAGAAUUUUUUAAGCCACCCUCCAAAUGUAUCUUGCCUAUAUAUAGACUUGGCUACUUAGUGAUCUACCAUCAUCACUUUUGCAAUAAAUAUAUACUUGCAAAAACACUGGCUAGAUAAUACUCAUUUCAUUACGUACCUUCUUCAUUCUGCUAGAUCUCUCUCUCUUUGUUAUCUCUAGCUAUCUAGCUUGAUGCGAAGAGUACCAAGAGAUCCAUUGGUAGUAGGGAGGGUAGUAGGGGAUGUAUUAGACCCCUUUGAAAGAUCAGUAUCGAUUAGGAUAUCAUAUACUUCAAAGGACGUCACUAAUGGUUGUGAAUUUAAACCUUCUGCUGUUGUUACUCAACCUAGAGUUGAGAUUGGGGGUGAUGACAUGAGGACCUUUUACACUCUGGUAAUGGUAGACCCUGAUGCACCUAGCCCUAGCGAUCCAAAUUUAAGAGAAUAUUUGCACUGGUUGGUUACUGAUAUCCCAGGAACAACAGGAGCAACAUAUGGACAAGAAAUCGUGACAUACGAAGCACCUAGACCAACUGCGGGGAUUCACCGAUUUGUUUACGUAUUAUUCCGUCAACUUGGUCGUCAAACUGUAUAUGCACCAGGCUGGCGUCAAAAUUUCAACACGCGAGAUUUUGCUGAAAUUCACAAUCUCGGCCUGCCUGUUGCUGCUGUAUACUUCAACUGCCAGAGGGAGAGUGGCUCCGGAGGCAGAAGAAGAGCAUGAAACAAAGUAAGAUAUCUUAACAUCUUACCAAGAAGAUUAAGAAUGACACUAGUAUCUUAUAUAUCACUGUAUAUAUAGAUUGAUCAAAAUAUAUGAGGAGUGGUUUAUAUGAAGGGGAAUAUAAAUCUAUCCAUAUAGACAAAAAUAAAGUAGCACUCUGUUAAUAGCUACUACUAUCGAUGGCUGUCGAUAUAUGAACAACUGCUUAACGCGGUUCGUUACUAUCGUUAGUACAUCUCAUCACAAGGUUAUGGAAUUCAGCUCUGUAAGUUGUGUUCUCAUAGUUGGUAUGGUUCUUUAUUUUGCUCUAUAUCGUUAUUAGCAAAUCGUCUGUUUGUGGAGGAUUUGGUGUUCAUCAACAUUAAAGUGUCUUUUGAUUGUGUUUGUAAUACAGUUUGCCCCUUAUUUUGGUAUAUAUUUGAUGGAGCCAGAUGAUCUUUUUGUCUCA